UAAGGAACUGUGCUCAAAAUGGCGUUCCCAAGAUUUCAGGCCUGCAUAGUGCUGUUUGUAUGCAUCUUUCUUAUGGGCUGCGAAUCGCAGGGUGAGUGUAUAAAGACGGGAACUUGCACAUGUACGUUUAACGAUCAGUAUGGAACUAAAAUCGACUUUGGUACAAUCGGAAACCGAGAUGGAACACCUAAGUUUGACUUUGGCAACUAUGGACUAGAAGGAACGUUCACCUACGCGUUUAAUCCUUGCUUCGCCUUCUCCGCUGGAAGCUGCAAAGAUGUAGUCGGUUGUCAAAAAGAUACGAAUGCAGAGGCUUCAUAUUUUGACAUUGGUAACCCCGAACCAGUAUCCUGGACAACUGAUAGUGAUGGAACGAUUUUAGUUUCAUACAGUGCUACGCAAGGAAGCGAAGAAAGAACAUCUGCGGUUCAAUACACAUGUGAAAAAACUGCUCUGAAAGAACCAACACUUGAAAUACAAUCAGAAGCCCCAACGAGGACCUAUAACAUGAUAGUAAAAACAUGCGCUGCUUGUAGCCCUGCUGUUUCAGGAUGCCAUACCACUGUACCUUCAUCUUCAGGCGGGCUCACGGGAGGAGGUAUCGUGUGUAUUAUAUUCACUGUUGUUGUGUUCGUGUACAUUGUUGGUGGGAUUCUGUUCCAGGUAUUUGUGAGGGGAGCAACAGGAACGGAGGUCUUCCCUAAUCACAACUUUUGGUGGAAAUUCCCUGGUCUUGUGAAGGAUGGGUUUCUCUUCAUGCUAACACCGUGUAGACGAGGAGGAUAUUCUGAAAUGGCGGAAUAAAAGCAUGCAAAUUGGGUGUGCAUAUCGGAGCCUGAUUGCGAGGAUUCUUUAGAUAUUCUGUAUAAUAAUGAUGAUAAUAAUACAGAUAGUAAUAAUAAAGAUAAUAAUAAUUGGUUAUUGUAUGGCGCUCAUGAUAGAUUUGACACUAAUGGCGCUUGACAACUAUUACCCCGAUAUUAACAAAACUGCCAUUUAUAUGGCGCUUUAGCAUUUCAAGGAGUAAAUUCUUGCCAGGUGCCCAUUUACCUCACCUGGGUCGAGAGUGGCAAAUGAAGAUUAAUUUCUUGCCAACGGACAUAAGUGCUACGGUUGGAGUCGAACCAUGUGAUUGACAGUCCGAUGACGUGUCCACUAGACCAAGACACCUCCAUAAUAUGUUUCUUUAAUCAUCCUAAACUGUUUAUAACAUAAAAUUAAUGUACUAAUGAUUUGCAGACCUCCGUAUGAUAAACGAGAGAUUAUUAAAUAGAUAAAUAAGUUGAUAUACAAUGUCAUGUGUAUAGAGAGAUAGAGAGAGAGAGAGAGAGAGAGAG